CUUCUGUUCGCUCAUUGAUUCGCUUCGUCGUCAUUUGCUAUCAAAUAGUUGUUACUUCAAGCAGUGCAUAUUGUCAUCACAACUAUCAACAUUCUUCUGUUCGCGCACCGAUUUCAUUGCCAUUUAAUGAAAAAUCAAACCAGGCUACAGCAUAUCACUCGUAACUAGAAUACAGCAUAUCUGCACUCCUAAUUGCAUUCAAGAAUACCAUUUCAGCUUCUCAUAUAAUAUAAAUAAUACGAUCAGGUAGUGUAACGCAUAAAAGUACGCGCAAUUUCUCCAUUUUUCACUCAAUACCAACACGAAGACGCUGCUAAUCACGCGAAUCACUCACAGAUAAAGGCAAGCAUACUAGAAUACAAGCAUACGCACUCAAUACAAGUUGUACACACUUUUUCAAUCUUGAUAGAUUAGCAUAUCUAUUUUUUUGCUAUUGAUUCGAUUGUUUUGAAGACACCCCAGAAACAAGAAACCAACGACAUCGACGGAAGUCGGUUCACACUUAUAGCCACACUCACAGCAGGACAUCAAGUCGAUUCAUUGGCACCAACACCAACCGCACUGGACAACGACCAUAGGAGGUACAACUAAGUUAACAACUAGGGCUGCAUUGUGAUAGGUGAGACGGAAAAUUGUCAAGGGAAUACUUAUAAUUCGAGUCUUCAACAAGAGCUCUAGUAUUUUUACAGGUCCAGUCCUCUCCGGUUUCAUCGUACACUUGCCUUUAUUUUCAGGUUCUUUCUGAAAAGAGUGAAAACUCAUCGGACGACGAGAGGUUGACUUGUACACGCACGCUUCAACUCAAAAAGACGCUAACGCUGUUUAUUUCAAGACAAAGAAAGGUAUCUUCUGGUUGUGGACAAUAUUUUCGGAUAUUCUUUUUAGGCAAAUAGAAGCACUAGUACACGAUCAGCAUAGACCUUGGACACUACGACUUCCUUCCGCAGCGCUUCCUUCUACUUCUACUUCGCAAUCUCUUUCACUUCUAAAUCACGCACCAACCAACCAACUAAGACCUGCUGCCCGCAAUCAUCUUCUAAGGUAACCAAGACGCGACUAUUGCUUGUCGCAGAAUACAGGAGCUUCAACGAACUCCUCCAUCUCCGG